GUGUUCGCAACUAGGCCUGCUUACGCAGUGGCACUUGAAGUACUACCGCCCGGGUUUGAACUUUUCGGUCGAACGGUCACUGUGGAGAGAUUGAAAAAAAUACGUCCAUCAAAUCGUCAGCUACGGAGUCGAGCUGCCGCUACCGCCAACCCUACUUUCACCGCCGUUGUCAACCUCACUCUUGCCGUUGUCGUUAUCCCUACUCUUGCCCCGGUCGUCAAACCUAGUCGCGACGAGAAGGAGGAGGGCGCACUGCUUGCCGAGAGUGUCAACCAUACUUAUGAGGUACUUGACCCUGAUAUGCCUGUGCCUCAGUAA